AUGUUCCAUGAUUUACGUCGACAUAUGCCAUUUCGUCUAGAAGAAGGAUGGCGAUAUCCAGAAGGGUGGGAAGAUUUCUCCCGCCCUGACCCUUCGGAGGAUGAUCGAUCAUCUUCUCAUGAUGAAUAUGGACAACAGUCGGGUCAAUCUACUUCUACUUCUACUUCUACUUUUACAUCGCGAGAUAAAUCAGAUCUAUUUGGAAACGAUCCUGAUCACAUUCAAACACCACCACCGAGAUAUGAAGACAUUUAUCAAUCCCGAGACACGUUCUCGCGUUCCCCUUUCAACAGCUUACCUGAAGAGAAGUUGUCGCAAAGUGUAGAUGGAAAGUCGACUCACAAUAUAGGAUUUGAUGAGUCAAAAUAUCCUUCAACCGCUCAUACCAUAUACACUGAAAGUAAAUCGAGCUCAAAUUCAAGACCAAGACCAAGACCAAGAGUAAGACGAAAUAUAUUUGGUAAUUGCUCAUCGACAUAUCCUUCAUACCCUACUACACCAUAUUAUCCAACAUACAAUAGAUGGUAUAACCCUCAUCGUCAAAUCAAUAUCAAUCCAUAUAAUCAUCAAGUAAGACCGUCCCCUUUUCCUGUUCAACUCAUCUCUGAGACUUAUAUUCCCAAUAACCCUCAUCCCCAUUCUGGGAACAUACAAAUUACCACCCAAGAAGAUGAUGUAGAAGCAAAGCAAAGAUCGACAGCCAGAUCUACCGAAUCGUGUCACCCCCCAUCAAUCGACUUAGAGGAAAUAACAAUCUACAAUACCGAUUACUCCUACCCUCAUAUAAAUCUCAACAUACCUCCUUCUGCGUCUUCUUCGUCGUCGUCGCUUCACUUCAGUACCUCUGCUUCCUCAUCUGGUUCACCGAAAGUUGAUUUCUCGCUCAACUUGUCUAUAUCUUCUGGGAGUUCUCAGGAGAUGGCAGAGGGACUGGAAAGAGUGUCAGAGGGGUUGAAAGGUAUCAAAGAGGCUUUGAAAGGUGUAGGUGCGAGGUCACAAGGAUACCAGACGGUAUAA